CCCGCGCACGCCUCCGCGCGCCACCCGCCGCCACGAUGCUGCUGCCGCUGCUGCUCGCGCUCGUGCUCGUGCCGUCGGGCCGCGCGCAGUUCGCCCCCCCCACGGUGAACAUCAGCCUGGAUGAAGACCCCGCGGUGCGCUGGGACCCUCUGCUCGCGGUCUUCGACAUGGACUUCCUGCGGAGAGCCGCCGCGGAGGUCAUCGAUACUACAGUUCCAAAAUGGCUACAUGAAGCUCUUAUUCCUCUGGCGAUGGACCUUGAGAAGUACAUUCCUCAGCCGUACGCGGGGGAAAUCCGCGGCUUGGCCUCACACCUCGGAACCCCUUCAGAUGUCAUCAUUCUCAACUUUGCCUAUGAAAUAUCUGCAUUUUGCACUAGCAUCGUAGCUCAGGACCAGAGGGGGCACGUGUACCACGGCAGGAACCUUGAUUACCCACAUCCUGUCCUGAGGAAUCUGACCAUGGACGUAAUAUUUCUCAAGAACGGAAAGGAGGCAUACCGGGGAACGUCGUUUGCUGGAUACAUUGGCCUGUGGACGGGACAGAGUCCCAACAAGUUCACCAUCUCUGGCGACCAAAGAGGCACUGACCGCUGGUGGAACUGGUGGAAGAACGUGGUGUCUGCUUUCAUUUUAGGGCGAUCCCCAGUCAGCUGGCUGGUGAGGGAGACACUGGAGGAAGCGAAGGACUUUCAGGAUGCAGCGAUGCGUCUCUCCAAGACGCCCAUCAUCACCGGGGUGUAUUACAUCGUGGCUGGGACGCGAGCGGGGGAAGGCGUCGUCAUCACCAGAGACCGAGCAGCCGCUGCUGAUAUCUGGGCACUGGAUCCUGUGAGUGGAGGAUGGUAUCGAGUGGAGACAAACUUUGACCACUGGCUCCCGCCUCCAGCCAGGGAUCACCGGCGAGACACAGCCAACAAAGCACUAAACGCUACUGGCCAAGAUCACAUCAAUAUGGAGACACUUUAUCAGGUUCUGUCGCUGUCUCCGGUGUGUAGUGGAGGAACCAUUUACACAACAAUAAUGAGUGCAGCGACCCCCGACAAGUACAACACACUUGUUAGGUCACAGCCUUCUCCCCCUCAUGUCUUCCAAGGGCUGUCGCCGAUCUGACGGGAACUGAGCGGUCGAGACGGUUUUUACUGUAGACUUCAUUCAACGUGGUUACCUGAAGAUCCUCGAUGGCGACGACAUUUAAUCACCAACGAUUAGAAGGGAGUUGGACUCAUUGUCACGGUGCUUUUUUGAUAAUAAACAUGGCAAACAGAAUUCAAAUGUAAAGCUUAAUAAAAACUGUACUUGCUUGGUACCAUCAGGAGUCAGCUGAGUGUCGAGAAACACGGAAUUUCUAAAUGACCCAAGUUGGAGGAAACAAGAUCGCAGAGAACUUUUGUUUUCCACAUCAGAUUGUUGAUGAUUGAUGAAUACUUGCAGGUUAAACAAGAUUUGCUCCCAAAUGAGGAGCUCACGAGGAGUCAGCUUAGUUAGCUCACAUGACACUGCUGUUAUUGCACAAACGUGUUUCAGUGCUUCAUUAUUUCCCAAAUUGAAGCUUGCAGCACAAUGAAAAUCUGAUGGAAAAGACUGCUGAACAAUUGGAUAUCUGUUUUCAUAUAAUUAAUAAUAAUUCAUAUUCAUUGUUUAUAAUUGACUUUUUUUGUGGUUAUGACAAAUAUAAAAAGAUACCUUUGAGAACUUCUCUCAA